UGUUUUUGUUUACCUUUCCAUCAACGUUAUUAAUUUCAAUUCUAAUUGGUUUCGGUUGUUUAAUUAUCGAGUUUUAUUCUUUUUAUCAUUGAGUUUUAAUGGUAAUGGUUCUAUUUAUCUUCAAUCAGUAUGUUGAUCACUUUUGGAUUCUCUGUUAAUCGAUCAAUUGGUAAAUCCAAAUUCUCGGUGUUAUCUUUGUUUUCCUCUGGUUCUUCACGUUACUUUGCAUCUCGAUCGGAUUCUUAUUUUGAAAUUAAUGAUAAUCAAUUUCGGGUUUACGGUCAAGAUUUUCAGAAAGAUGAAUGGACCAGUUUAACACCUUAUAUCGUUAAACUUUUACAGCGAGAUCUGGUUACCACAGGUAAACAGCCAAUCAAUUUGGUCUCCGAGGCGACGAAACAUUUUUUCAAUGGUUAUCAUAAUUUUCAUUUUGAUAAUCCAAUCGUUACUCCAAAUGAUAAUUUCGAUGCCUUACUAAUCCCAAAGGAUCAUGUUUCUCGAUCAAAGAAGGACAGCUACUAUUUGAGUAAAGAUUUCCUUCUAAGAACUCACACCUCAGCUCAUCAGAAUCAUUGUCUUGCCAGUGGAAAGACCAAAUUCAUUUGUAUCGGUGAUGUUUAUCGACGAGAUGAAAUUGAUCGUAAUCAUUACCCUGUUUUCCAUCAAUGUGAAGCAUUUGAUACAUUCACAGCUGAAGAUUUGAAAUUAUCUACAAUUUACAAAAGCGAAAGUACAAGGAAUGAUACAAGUCAAGAAAAUUAUAGCUCAGAAGCUACUGCAAUAGUCGAAGUCAAAUUGAAAGAGAAGAUUGAGAGUUAUGUUAAAUUCUUAUUAAAUGGUGAAUUCGAGUCAAGGUGGGUUCCAGCAUAUUUUCCGUUCACUCAUCCAAGUUGGGAAUUCGAGAUAUUGUACAAUGGUAAAUGGUUAGAAGUCGUUGGCUCGGGAAUCGUUGAAGAGAAAAUUCUGACCAACAACGGAGUCAAUGAUAGAAUAGGAUGGGCACUAGGAUUUGGAAUUGAACGAAUGGCUAUGGUUCGAUAUAAUAUUCCGGACGUUAGAUUAUUCUGGUCACUUGAUCCAGCGUAUUUGAUUCAAUUUCGAGAUCUCAAGCCAACCGAUUCUUACGAGUUUAAACCAAUUUCUAAAUUUCCUUCACGAACAUUUGACAUUUCAUUUUGGAUACCAGAGAAUGUGAAUUGGUCGUCUAAUGAUUUUUACGACUUAUGUCGAUCACUGGGAGAAGAUUUGAUUGAAAUUGUCGAUUUAACCGAUGAUUAUGUUAAUCAACAGGGUCGAAGAUCACAAUGCUUUAAAAUAGUCUACAGAGGAUUUGACCGAUCAAUUAGCAGAGAAUCAGCUCUUUCAGUGCACAAAAAGAUUGAACAAGAAGUUGUAGAUAAAUUUGGUGUAGAAAUCAGAUGAAUUGUAAUCGACUUCGCCCAAUCAACAAGAGAUUAGAUUUUACAUAAAUUAAGCUAAACAAUGUAAUUGUAAUUGUAAUUGUAAUGUAAUAACUUUUAUAAAAUUCUAUUCAAAUUUUGAUAACCAA